AUGAAUCCUAUAGCAGGCCUUCUUCACAUUUCUAAUACAAUUUUUAAAAAGAUUGAUUAUACAUGUAAGAAGUAUCUUACACCUAAUUCAUUAGCUUUACAACGAAGGCAGAUAUCAGAAUGUCUUCUAUAUAGGACUUUAUUAUAUGUUAUUAAUCGUAAUAUUACUACAAAUCAAUUCAUAAAAGACAAUUAUGAAGAACUACAGAUUUUAUUAAAUGUAGCCUUAGAAGAUUGUCGUGGAAUUGGUAUAAAAGAAAUUUGGAAAAUUUAUUUGUCAACAUUUUUUGCCAUUAUGAUUCAUUUAAAGAAAGCACUUUUCAAUAUGAAGUUGAUUCCUUCACAUUGGUAUUCUGAAAAAGGUCUUGUAGUGUUUGAUGAAAAUCAAGAAUCAUCUAUUCAGGUAGUACAAAAUAAUAAUGAACCAAUUCUAACUAGUAUAUUUCAAGUAUUAGAAAGGAUUCGUAGACAAAAAAUUAAUGUCAGACAUGCUAUAGAAUUAGAUUCAAAAAAGCAUAAGGGUAGAGGCCACCUUGCAAACAAAAGAUACUUAUUAGCAAUUGAGAAUCACAAUAACAAUAACGUUGGUUCAAAUAAUCAAGACGAAGAUUCAGAGUCAAGACCAAAAAAGGAAAACAAGUGUUAA